AUGACCGACUCUGCGGCACAUCAGGAACGAGCGCAGCAUGAAGCCUCAUUAAAACGCAAUCCUCAUCCUGAUUUCCAGACAGUAGAAAACUCUCGGCCAGAUUGGGAUGCGCAGAGAUCUUGGGCCUUCACAAAAGCUCCCGACACGAACUGGUCCUGGGGUAAAGGAGGCAAUGAUGGUGGUGCAUCGCUGAAGAAAGACCAUGUCGAAAUCAAUCCGCAUGCAGAGGGAAGGCCAAAAGCCUACAACUACAAGCUGUUGAUCUCCGGCGUAAUACCGAGGCCGAUCGGAUUCUUGAGCACAGUCUCCAAAGACGGGUCGUCGACAAACCUUGCACCAUAUUCAUAUACCAACAUCGUGACACACGACCCUCCGAUAUUCACUGUUGGCAUUGCAGGUGGGAUUAGCGAUGCUAAAGACAGCCUGGCAAAUCUGAUUGCAAGUGGGGAGUGUGUCCUCAACCUCGUUUCCGAACAUUUUGUGGAAGCCAUGAAUGCUACAUCGAUCAAUGCUCCGUACGGCGUGUCGGAGUGGGAGCUGACAGGACUGCACCCGGCACCCUCCACGCAUGUGAAGCCUGCCAGGGUGAAAGAGGCCGUCUUCGCUAUUGAGUGCAAGCUGGUUGAUACCAAGGAGUUUGAUAGUCGGGCUACGCCAGGUAAAAAGUCGGCGACGCUUGUCAUGCUAGAAGGCGUCAACUUCUGGGUAAGAGAAGAUGCGAUCAACGAGGAGAGGAAUAUCAUCGACCCUGCAGUUCUGCGUCCUAUUAGUCGACUGGGCGGCAUCACCUACGGUCGUAAUGUUGAAGGAUUCGAGCUCUUGAGACCAGAUUAUGAGAAGGCCCAGGCUUCUGGGGAGCUGAAGGAUGUCGAAAAUGCGUCUACUGCCCAUAUCUAA